GUUCCUAGCAGUAUGGCAGCUCCCGUGGACAGUGUGGGUAAACCCACAGCUGAACGCUCACCGUUCAAUAGUACGAGUUUUCAGAAGAAGACAAGGAGCAAGUUAAUCUCCAUCCCCGGCACCAGACCAUCGGUUCAGAAUGGACAGCUCUUAGUUUCGACCGGUGUCACGUCGCUCGACUAUCUGCUCGGUGGUGGGUUAGCAGUUGGAACAGUGCUUCUCAUAGAGGAGGACCGAUAUGAUAGCUACUCGCGCAUGAUCUUAAAAUACUUCCUGGCAGAAGGAGUCGUGUGUCGGCAUGAGCUUUUUGUGGCGGCCGCUCAAGAUAACCCUGAUGACAUCUUACAGGAACUACCCGCUCCCAUCUUGGAUGAUGUUGCUAUCCACAAGCCGGUGGACCAGCCCAGGCUGUCUUGUGAGCCUCAGGACAGUUUGGAUGCCAUGAAGAUUGCCUGGCGCUAUCAGAAUCUCCCUAAAGUACAGAGCGCCCUGGCGUCCACUUCCCGGUUCGGGCACUACUAUGACGUCUCCAAGACGAUGGAGCCAGAAAUUCGCCAGGCAGCCAAGUGCCACCGCUUCUACCUUCCAGAACAUCCCACCCAGACAUCAGCCACACACAGUCCCAUGAUUGAGUCCUACUCUGCAUUGCUGAAGUCACUUCAGGAGGUCAUACACAGGGAGGGCUUUGAUGUAGCUGCCUCGAUGCCAAGGUCACGUAACAUCCUGCGUGUCGGGCUUCACUCUCUCGGCUCAGCUUUGUGGGGUGAUGACCUGAGUUGCCAUGACAAUCCCAGACACAGCCACGCCCUGACUACCUUUCUGUAUGGACUGCGUGCCUUGCUGAGGUCGUCACUGUCAGUCGCAGUAGUUACUGUACCUUCUCAUCUUAUCCAGGACAGGGCUCUAAUGGGCAGCAUAACCAGGCUAUGUGACAAUGCCAUAGCCUUGGAAUCAUUCAAAGGCUCUGAGAGAGAGACCAACCCUCUCUACAAAGACUACCAUGGCCUGUUACAUGUACACCAGGUACCUCACCUGAACUGUCUGGCGAACCAACUCCCCGACCACAAGGACCUGGCCUUUAAGCUCAAGAGAAAACAGUUCACUAUUGAG